AUGAUACCCUCCAUGUACUACUUUUACUGGAAGAUCUUGAAGGCCUCGGACACAAUUGAGGAUGCUGGACCAGUAAUCCCCAGUAUGAGCCUGUCCCUCUUUCUGACCUGGUGUGUUACUGCUGUUAUCACGAUCAGUGGGCUGAAGUCCGCUGGGAAGAUAUCAUUUGUGGAAUCCUUAUUUAUUGUGGUCCAAGCAGGGGACUUCAUUUUAUCUUCCCUGGGCCUAGGCUUUGGCGUAAUUGCCUCCUUCUCCUCAUACAUGUCCGCAUCCAACGACUGUCUCAGUGAUGCCUUUAUUGUGGCUCUGAUCAACCUGGGCCCCUCGCUGCUUGCCACAUCUGUCAUCUUCUCUGUCGUUAGUCAGGGCCUCAGAUUUUCUUAUUUGGCCUUCAUUGAAGCUGUGUCAUUAAUUCCUGGGUCAGCCUUCUGGGCCAUCCUCCUUUUCAUGAUCCAGACCUCUGACCUUGAUCCCAAACCAAUGUUUUCUCCAGUGAGCAUCUCCUUGCUCAUGUUCCUGCUCAGCCUCUUCUUUGCUCGACCUUCAGGCUUCUACUUUGUCACAUUGCUGGGUGCCUACUGGCUACUCUUUUCCGUCCUCCUCCUCAUCAUUUUGGAAACCGUGGUUGUAUCUUGGGUCUAUGGGGCCAAGAGAGCAUUGGAGGGGCCGACGAGGGACCGGCAUGGUGGAAACACCGAGAGCAGAGGGCCUGGGUAUGAGGUACGGCACCACCCUCUUGCUGGGCAGGGAGCAGAACAAAAAGUCUCAGCUCAGAAUGUGCAGAUGACAGAGAAACAGAGUGAAGACGUUACCCGUCCAGUCUGGUCCAACAAGUAUGAGUACAUCCUGGCCCAGGUGGGCUACUCUGUGAGGCUGCUCAACCUCUGGAAGUUGUCCCACCUAUGGCUUGUCUACGGAGGUGUUUAUAUCAUCCUCUACAUCUUCAUGACGUUCUUUAUUGGAAUUCCUCUCCUCUUCCUGGAGAUGGCAUUUGGUCAGAGGCUGCGUCAGGGCAGCCUUGAUGUAUGGAAGUUCACCAGCCCCUGGAUGACUGGUUUGGGUUAUACCAGCUUCAUGGUGUGCAUCAUCGAGGGCUUGUGCCGGAGUAUAAUCAACUGCUGGAUCUUCUUCUACUUUGGCCAGGCCUUCCAGUUCCCUCUUCCAUGGGAUAAGUGUCCCUUAGUGAAGAACUCCAGUGAAUUUGACGCUGAGUGUGCGCGGACGACACCCUCCAUGUACUUCUGGUACCGGAAGACCUUGAAGGCCUCAGACACAGUUGAGGAUGGUGGACCAGUAAUCCCCAGUAUCAGCCUGUCCCUCUUCCUGACCUGGUGCUUUAUACUUCUUAUCAUGAUCAAUGGGCUGAAGUCUGUUGGGAAGGCAAUGUAUGUCUUGGUGGCCAUGCCUUUUCUCAUCACUUUGUCGUUCCUCUUCUGGAUUCCACUGCUGGAAGACCUGCCAUUUAUCCAGCAUUUGUUGGUUUUCAAGGCACCAUCUGUGUACUCUCUGAGAGUUUGGUUCCAAGCAGGGAGGCAUGCUUUAUCUGCCGUGGGGCUAGGCUUUGGUGUUAUUGCCGCCUUCUCAUCACACAUGCCCCCAUCCAACAACUGUCUCAUGGAUGCCUUUGUCGUGGUUCUGGUCAACCUGAUCAUCUCGCUGUUUGUCAUGCCAAGCAUCUUGUCUAUCAUGAACUUGUGGGCCACAGUCACUACAAAUCGCUGCACUGAGAAGAAUGUUGAAAUUCUCCUGAAUCUGGUGUCCUCGGGAGAACUGCCUCCUGAGGCCAAGCCCCCUGAAAACAUGCUUGCUAACGCACGCUCCACGUUCGACACUUGGAUUGACAGCCUUCCUUAUUCCACCAAGAAGGUGGUCCUCAGCAAGGUGUCUACCUGUAACAUAAAGGAUAAGCUUUUGAAGGUCAAGCAGGGCUCAACCUUUGCCUUCCUGGCCUUCACUGAAGCCAUGUCGUUCAUUCCUGGGUCAGCCCUCAGGUCCAUCCUCUUCCUCAUGAUGUUACUGAGCAUAGGACUGAGUGGCACCGUAGGGAUCAUGCAAGCCAUCAUUACUCCACUGCAGGACACCUUCCCUUUCUUCAGACGCCAUCCAAAGCUGCUCAUAGUGAGCGUCUCCUUGCUCAUGUUCCUGCUCAGCCUCUUCUUUGCUCGACCAUCAGGCUACUAUUACUUCAGACUGCUGAGUCACCACUGGGUAGUCCAUCCUGUCAUCGUCAUCACUUUGGAAACUGUGGCUAUAGCCUGGUUCUAUGGCUCCAAGAGGUUCCUUGCAGAGAUGAUGACCCUGAUGGGCCACCCCAUAUCACCCAUCUUUCAUUACCUGUGGUGCUAUGUGUGUCCAUUGGUGCUGCUAGGCCUGACUCUAGUCACCCUGUUUUACAUAUUUACAAAGGACUUCACCUACAUGGCCUGGAACUCAAGCAUUUCAAAAGAAGUGCUAAAAGAAUACCCAGUGUGGACGCUCAAAUUGGCAACCAUCUUAAGUAUCAUUGCCUUCCUACCUGUCCCUCUCUACUGUGUAUACUGCCUCAUCCACAAGGUCCCCUUCAGGUGCUUCACCUUCAAUAUGCCUUCCACGGUCUCCAAAUCUCUCAUUCUAAGGAGCCGCCUAAGGGUGCCCAGGAGAGAUUUCCACAAGGAGGACAUCUGGCAAGAUGAGAAAAGAAACGGCUGA